UAUGAAAAAUGAAAAAAUAUAUGUUAUAAUAAAUCCAAACCAAACUCAAAGCCUGAAACAGUGAAACCCAUUUUCUGACUGCUGAGACUGGACAUUGGAGACCCAACAAGCUUUAGUGGUAGUCUUAUAUUAGUGGGUGUUUGUUACCCAGGAAUUGUGGUUCUUGUUUUGGGGGUUUGAAGGAUUUGCUUAGCCCACAUUGAGCCCACUAAUAUCAGAUUGGUAGUUUAUUUAGUGGAAGCAAAAAAGAUAGUGAGUUCCGUUGUUGUUAGAUUUGAAGCAUCAGUAGUUCUGAGGGUUUUGAGGAAUGGAAUCAGCUGGGGCUAAACCCCUUAAACCCUCCUCAAACAUAUCUGAUAUUGUCUCCAAGUUUGCCAAAGUUUGCAAAUUGAGAUCCAUUGGAGUGCACCAACCUCACAACAGCAAUAAUGCUCCUUCGGGUGAAGAUGGCAGCGAUGUGACUGAGGACACCGAGUGUGGUGGGGUGAAGGUCCAUCCCCAACCUGUUGAAGUUACGAGAGAAAGCAAAAUAUGUGGAGAUGAGGAGUUAUCCAAGUUAUUCGACAUUGUUUCGACGCUGAAGUUGGCUUAUGUUCAGCUCCAGGAAGCUCAUUUACCAUACAACCCGAAAAAGAUUAUAGCUGCAGAUGAGCGUUUUAUGGCUGAGCUUGAAGCAAUAUGCAAGAUGAAGCGCGCAUAUAAGGAGAAGCAGUUUGUGAAGCUGAAGUCAGAGUCCUCUCGUUCUGAUAUUCUCAGGAAGAAAAUUGAAUUGAAUGAGAAGCUGCUAGAAGAGUUUAAGUUGCAAAUGGAAGUAAACAAUUCUGAGAUAAUCUGCCUGCAAAAAGAGCUUAGGGAUUUGGAUUUGGUGAAUGCGACACUGGCUGAGAAGGUAAGGCAGAUAAGUUUGCAAAGGAAGACUGCAAGGGUUUGGACCAUUACAAGAUUUCAGGAUACUUUCAGAGCUGCAUCGAAAUCAAUUCAUGACUUCGCAAAGCCUUUAAUCAGCUUGAUGAAAGCCACAGGAUGGGACUUGGAUCUGGCGGCAAAGGCAGUAGAAGCUGAAGCUGCUUACUUGAAGAGGUCCCACAAGAAGUAUGCAUUUGAAGCUUACAUUGCAAGGAGAAUGUUUUAUGGGUCAUCAUUAAAAUCUUGUAAUGUGGAUGGUAUUAUGAGAUAUGAUGAUCCCAUCGAUGCCUUGAUUGAGAACCCAGACUCAGAUUUUGCCCGAUAUUGUGGAGAAAAGUAUCUACAAGUUGUUCAUCCAAUGAUGGAAACGCGGUUCUUUGGGAAUCUGGAUCACAGGACGCUUGUAUUGAGUGGCAAGCAUCCAAGAACGUCAUUCUACCAAAUAUUUGCAAGAAUGGCAAGGUGGGUUUGGGUUUUGCACAGCAUUGCACCUAUGAUAGAUUCUGAAGCAAAAAUGUUUGCUGUCAAAAGAGGAAGCAAAUUCUCACAUGUUUAUAUGGAGUCGGUGGUGGAGGAUGGGGAAGAUGCAGCUGUCUCAGAUGGAGGACAGGUCGAGUUUAUGGUGAUGCCAGGAUUUAGAAUGUUAGAGACAUUAGUGAAGUCUCGUGUGUAUCUUUCAAAAUGAGAGUUGUAAUCGCAACUUGGUGAUGUUUACUGACUGACAUUCAACUGAACCUAACUUUCUUUUGGUAUGAAAAUGUCAAUAGUUAGCUCAACCCUAGCCUCCAAGCUGAGUCCAUAGUUUUCAAGUUUC